ACAUCUAAUCACCAAAUCACAAGAGAUUCCUCAUCAAGACCUGCAUCAAGAACUAUCUGCAGAACCUGAAAAAGAGCCAUUAUGGUUCGCGUGACUCGAAUGUCAUUGCUUUUUGUUCUCUUCUUGGCUUCAUCAGCUUUUGGUGAGGCGAAUAAACCUGGAUCAGAGGCUGAAUUCAAUGCAUUAGUUAAAGAACAAAUCAGUGAGGGACAAAAGCCAGUGGGUGUAAAGCAAUUUGAUCCACGAUGUCCAGCUGGUUGGGUGAGGUUCAAUGGACGCUGCUUCAUCUACUUUUCCCGAGCUGUAGACCGCGCCACUGCUGAGGCUCAGUGUUUAACUCAGGGUGCUAACCUGGUCUCAAUCCACAAUGAAAAAGAAUAUCAGCUGGUGAAGGCCCUCAUCCGUGCUUAUGACCCCAAAGAGAACCCUACAUGGCUCGGUCUUGCCAACUGUGAGAAGACGGAUAGCUGGUUCUGGUCUGAUGGGACCAAAUACGACUACAGCAAGUGGAAUAAAGAUGAACCCAAUCAUCAGAAUGGAGAGUGCUGUGUGCACUUGAACUGGCGUGAUCAGAAGGACUGGAAUGAUAUUCCAUGUAAUAGUGCAUAUCCCUAUGUCUGCAGCAAGAAGAUAGCAUGCUAUGAAAAACAUUCCUAAAAUGUCAGAUACUGUUAAUCUACAGUUUAUGCCAAUAAACACGCUGAUAUGAUCAUACAUAAAGCAUUAAAAAAGCAAUACAAAUAAAGAAUUUAAAAUAUUAGAGUUC